GAAUAUGGGUGAGAGAGUAGCUCGAGCGUAUGGACCAAAUGCAGUAUUUGAUUCGAUCCGGUCCAAGUCCGAGGCUUGGCCGAAAAUGAGCGCUCUACCCCUUAGGUGAGUGAAGAAGCGAAGUGUGAAGCAUUCAAGUAAUAGCGUGGGAUUCGGAAACCAUAGUUGUGAAACGUAACGGCCAUACUUGUCAGCCCCCGACUUCUCUCUCGACUCUCCUCUCUCUCAACCAGUUUCAACAUUCUUUCUUCCGGAGGGGAAGAGAUAAAGAAAACAUAAGCAAAAGGGUUGAUUUAGAGAGAGAGGUUGAUCCCGUCAUCGUAUUAUUUCAUAUACACGUAUAUCCUUCAAGGAUCGCCUUUGUCUAAUUCUUUUCCAAUAAAUAUUAGACAGACUGAGAGGGAGCGGCCGAAUCAUCAUCAAGAUUUCUGAGGUUUGAAGCCUGGGAAUUGGCUUCUCUCUCUGAAAAGCCGUUCACAAACUUGAUAUUGAUUCUGCAUGCUGUUUCAAAUUUGCGAUAUUAGCAAAAACAAAGCCAAAAGGUCUCUGCAGGGGCUUAGAGUUGUUGAAGCUGUGUGGUUGCGCCGGAGUUUUUGGGUCUACUCUGCAUCUCUAGGAAAUGGUGGGAGUUUCAGAUAAUGUUCGCGGAUUUCUUUUGGCAAUCUCUUCUAGCAUUUUUAUUGGUUCUAGUUUCAUCAUAAAGAAAAAAGGCCUAAAGAAGGCUGGGGCAUCUGGAACCAGAGCAGGUGAUGGAGGCUACUCGUAUCUGGCGGAACCUAUGUGGUGGGCUGGGAUGAUUGCAAUGGUCUUUGGGGAGGCUUUAAAUUUUGCUGCCUAUGCAUAUGCUCCAGCUGUUCUUGUAACUCCAUUGGGGGCUUUAAGUAUCAUAUUCAGUUCAGUGAUGGCUCAUUUUAUAUUACAAGAAAGACUGCAUAUGUUUGGCAUCGUUGGUUGUAUUCUCUGCUUGGUGGGUUCUGUUACCAUUGUUUUGCAUGCUCCCUUUGAGAGGGACAUUGAAUCUGUCAAGGAAGUAUGGCAUCUUGCGACGGAGCCAGGUUUUAUCGCCUACACUUUCAUAGUUUUGGCUCUAGUUGCCAUUUUAAUUUUUGUGUAUGUGCCACGCUAUGGACAAACACAUAUGGUCGUGAACAUUGGAAUAUGUUCGUUCAUGGGUUCUUUAACGGUUAUGGCGGUGAAAGCGGUUGCAAUUGCUUUGAAGCUUACAUUUUCAGGGUCGAAUCAGUUCAUAUACUUCCAGACAUGGUUUUUCACUAUUCUCGUAAUAGUUUUCUGCAUCAUGCAGCUGAUAUAUCUGAACAAGGCACUCGACACCUUUAACACAGCCGUGGUUUCCCCUGUAUAUUACGUCAUGUUCACCACCCUCACGAUCGUAGCCAGUAUGAUAAUGUUUAAGGAGUGGGAUUCUCAAAAUGCAACACAGAUUAUUACUGAACUAUGUGGUUUCGUAACUAUUGUAAGCGGGACUUUUCUCCUUCACAAAACCAAGGAUAUGGGAACUGCCCCGACCAUGUCAUCCCCGGCAUACCAACGGUCUACAGAUUCGAGCCCCAGGCGGCCGCCAGAGCCUUGAGAGCACCCAAAGUAAGACUGGACUACAAUGACCGGAAAAGAUGAAGACUUGAUCAGAGGAAUAUUCGUUCCCGAUCACACUCUACAGCAUUCUCCAUGGCUAGGUGCUUAUUUUGUUUCUACAUAUAGAUUUUAGAUUUUCAAGGAUUGAAGUGUAGAGUUUUCUUCUUAGAAAUAGUGUGUUGUGCUGGAAAAAUGAGCCUAUUAUUUCAACUUAGCUGUACUCAAAUGAAUCAAAUCAGUGGACGAAAAAUUCCAAGAUUUAACAUUAUUUUUCUCAUACAAGGCUCUAGUCGAGAGAGAGAGAGAGAGAGAGAGAGAGAGAGAAGUGACGUGAUUAAUAGUUUAUUGUAAUUGAAUUUGAUUUAAUCGUGUUACGCACCCAAGACCAAAAACAAAUUAUGUGCUUCUC